AUCCUUUGUUUAUUGCUCUAUUUAGUCUGGCUUUAGUUUUCACAACACGUUUAUCUUCUUAAAAGUAGCUCCUGCAAUGUAGGGGAGAGUCACAGAGGUUUAAGAUCAAUAUAAUAUAAAAUAUAAAAGCAGUAAGAUAAAAAAUGUAUUGUCUCACAAACACCGUUAGAGGAAGUGUUGCCUUUAUCUGUUUUCUGUAUUUUCUUCCGGUUACUUCACUUCAGUCUUUUUGGAUAUUCUCUUCAACAAAUACAGGACCAUGUGUUGUGUGCAGUAUUAAAAAUGUCCAUCAUAGUUUAUAUCUGAACAAAACAGAUGAAUGUGUAAAGUUUCUUGAGAAAUGCAGUAGUAACAAGGACUAGACGUUAAGGAAUGUCGACACAAUGACUGAUCCGAUGAGUAAAACAGUCGUUUCCAAUGUUGUGAGAAACUAAAAGUGGAAAACUCUCAAUGGAAACAUGUUUGUGUUGCUACAGAUAGAGGACGGUGUGUGAGGCAGCAGUGUGAAUUAAAUCCAACCCACACGUUCAUUUGACUUCAUUCACAGACACAUACAAACAAAACAAGCCCUCCAGCAAUCGUUCAUCAUGAACUUGACGGACACCAGCUGCAGCCUCACCUCAGCAGAAUAUCAGUACUCCUUCCUCCCAGUGGUCUACAUCCUGGCGUUAGUCGUGGGUCUACCUGGAAAUCUGGCUGCUCUCUUCGUCUUCACCUUCAAGAUCACCCCUCGCACAGCCUUCAGCGUGUUCAUCAGCAACCUGGCCCUGGCGGACAUCCUCAUCCUCUGCACUCUGCCCUUCAGGAUCCACUACCACCUCCACAGAGACAACUGGGUGUUUGGGGACGUCGCCUGCCGCAUCACUGGGGUCCUGUUCUACUGCAACAACUACAUGAGCCUCUGUUUAAUGGCUUGUAUCUGUGUGGACCGCUACAUGGCCACGGUGCAUCCUCACGCCUACCAGAGGCAGCGGAGGCCCUGGCGCUCUCUGGCCGUGAGUGUGGCGCUCUGGUGCGUUGCUGGAGUGGCGAUGCUGGUCUUCGUCGUCUUGGGGCCUCUGGAAACCAACAUCAACCAAUCUGGAGGCCGCAGUUGUUUCGAGAACUUAUCCAAGCACGAGUGGGACACACGUGCGGGGAUGUACAACCUCCUGGGCCUGAUCUUAUUCUCCCUGGUGCCCACCGUGAUCAUCCUGGUGUGUUACCCGCUGGCUGUGAAGCGCAUCUCCAUGAUCAGGACUAACACAGCCCAAAGAGCCUUGAGGGUCAUUUACACCAUCCUGGCCAUCACGCUGCUCUGCUUCCUGCCCAACCACCUGGUGUAUCUGCUGCACAUCCUGCAACGCACGGGUGUCAUCAAGAGCUGCACCACCGCCAACCGCAUCUUUGAAGCCAGGCGGGUCACCAUGGCCCUCGUCACCCUCAACACGUGCCUGGACCCCGUGCUGUACUAUCUCACCACCGGCCACUUCAAAUGGAGGCUCUUGAAGAUGACAUGGCUGUGUGGACGAGUGGAGAGUAGCAGAGAUGUUAGUACGAUUGCAGUGGACCGAGAAGCUGAACCUGUAGAUAUAUAACUGAAAUAUAACUCUGCUUUCCUUGUCUAUAUAUGAAACUGGAGACUUUUCUAUGAAAGUGUUUAUUAAAAUUGUCAUUUUAAAUCAAAAUAAAGGGAAGGAUCGAAAACAUGCUUUUCUUUAUCUUGUGCGGUUGUGUCUCGUAAUGAGUCUUCAGCAAGCAGACGUUAAGAAUCAACAUUUCUCAUGUUAAAGCAAUGUUAUUUUAUAUAUUUUAAACUUAAAACAGAAGAAGUAGACCUGUGCAAAGAUUUAGGAAUUUGAACAAGUUAUUGUAUUUCUUUUUAAAUUCAUCAAAUAAAAAGCGACAGCACAGUAACAUUUUGAGUACCUGUUGUUUUAAUGUCCAUUCACUACAGGGUUCUUUUUAUAUUGAGUAUCUAGUAUAAUUGUAAUAACU